CUGCAGCUGGAAUUGCAAUUUGAGGCGCUGCCUGGGCCGGGACAGGGAGUGGGAGGAAGCCGGAGCGCGGGGGACUGCGCGGGGCCCCGACGGGGACAGAGCCGCGGACAGGACGGGGACAGAGCCGCGGGGACAGAGCCGCGGGGACAGAGCCGCGGGCACCACCCCGGCGGGCACAGCCCGAGUGGCAAAGCGGGGGCUGCACCGAGGGGUCCCCAACCUGUGUCCCCCCCCCCCCCCCAGCGGCCAUGGCGAUGCUCCUGGAGCCCGGGAUGCAGAGCCUGCGGAUGGGUGCCAACAGCGAGCGGUGCCCAACGCCGUCCCCGCCCGGCUCCCCGGGGACACCCCAUGACAGCUGCAGCAUCGCCCCAUUGACACCUUCCCAGUCACCGCGGAGCGAGGCGCGCUCCCAGCAGACCCCGUCCUUCUCCGUGGUGGUGGCCAUCGACUUCGGCACCACCUCCAGCGGUUAUGCCUUCAGCUUCACCAGCGAUCCUGAGGCCAUCCACAUGAUGAGGAAAUGGGAAGGGGGGGACCCAGGCGUGGCCAACCAGAAGACCCCCACCAGCCUCCUGCUGACCCCGGAGGGGACAUUCCACAGCUUCGGCUACACCGCCCGGGAUUACUACCAUGACCUGGACCCCGAGGAGGCCCGCGAGUGGUUCUACUUCGAGAAGUUUAAGAUGAAGAUCCAUAGCACCAGUGAUCUGACCAUGAAAACCGAGCUGGAAGCUGUCAAUGGGAAGAAGAUGCUGGCACUGGAGGUGUUUGCCCAUGCGCUGCGCUUCUUCAAGCAGCACGCGGUGCAGGAGCUGAAGGACCAGUGCCCAUCCCUGCCCGAGAAUGAUGCCAUCCGCUGGGUCCUCACCGUGCCGGCCAUCUGGAAGCAGCCGGCCAAGCAGUUCAUGCGGGAAGCGGCCUACAAGGCCGGCCUGGUGUCCCCGGAGGUCCCGGAGCAGCUGCUGAUCGCGCUGGAGCCCGAGGCCGCCUCCAUUUACUGCCGGAAGCUGCGGCUGCACCAACUGAUCGAGCUGAGCUGCCGGCCCCCGGCCAGCGGGGCGGAGCCCCCCCACCCCAUCGACUCCAGCUUCCGGCAGGCCCGGGAGCAGCUCCGGCGAUCCCGGCACAGCCGGACCUUCCUGGUGGAGUCGGGAGUGGGGGAGCUCUGGUCGGAGAUGCAGGCAGGUGACAGGUACAUCGUGGCCGAUUGUGGUGGGGGGACCGUGGAUCUGACCGUGCACCAGAUCGAGAAGCCGCAGGGGACUCUGAAGGAGCUCUACAAAGCUUCGGGAGGUCCCUACGGGGCCGUGGGCGUGGACCUGGCCUUCGAGAAGCUGCUGUGCCACAUCUUCGGGGACGAUUUCAUCGCCACCUUCAAGGCCAAGCGUCCGGCGGCCUGGGUGGACCUGACCAUUGCCUUCGAGGCGCGGAAGCGCGCGGCCGCCCCGAGCCGCUCCAGCCCCCUCAACAUCUCCCUGCCCUUCUCCUUCAUCGACUUCUACCGCAAACACCGCGGCCACAACGUCGAGACCGCGCUCCGCAAGAGCAAUGUCAACCUGGUGAAGUGGUCGUCCCAAGGGAUGCUGCGGAUGUCCCCCGAGGCCAUGAACGAGCUGUUCCAGCCAACCAUCACCCACAUCAUCCAGCACAUCGACACCCUCUUGAAGAAACCCGAGGUCCAAGGCAUCAAAUUCCUGUUCCUGGUGGGCGGCUUUGCCGAGUCGGCCAUGCUGCAGCGGGCGGUGCAGGCCGCCUUCGGCCACUGCUGCCGGGUCAUCGUCCCGCAGGACGUGGGGCUGACCAUCCUCAAAGGGGCCGUGCUCUUCGGCCUGGACCCCGGCGUGGUGCGGGUGCGCCGGUCCCCGCUGACCUACGGCGUGGGGGUCCUCAACAAGUUCGUGGAGGGGAAGCACCCGCGGGAGAAGCUGCUGGUCAAGGAGGGCAAGAACUGGUGCACCGACAUCUUUGAGAAGUUCGUGGCCGUGGACCAGUCGGUGGCAUUGGGCGAGGUGGUCCAGCGGAGCUACUGCCCGGCCCGGCCCGGCCAGCGCCGGACCAUCAUCAACAUCUACUGCUGCGACACCGAUGACGUGGUGUACAUCACCGACCCCGGCGUCAGGAAGUGCGGCACCAUCAGCCUGGAGCUGGGGGAUGUGGGGGACGCCACGGGGGACGCGGGCCCGGCGUGGGGCCGGCGUGAGAUCCGCGCCAGCAUGCAGUUUGGGGACACCGAAAUCAAGGUGACCGCGCUGGACACGCGCACGGCGCGCAGCGUGAGGGCCACCAUCGACUUCCUGUCCAACUGAGGGGCCCUGGCAUUGUGGGGACGCCCCCAGGAGAUGCCACCAUCGACUUCCCGUCCAACUGAGGGGCCCUGGCAUUGUGGGGACGCCCCCAGGAGAUGCCACCAUCGAUUUCCUGUUUAUCUGAGAGCUUCCAUCAUCAUGGGGAUCUCUGGGACCUGCCACCAUCGACUUCCUGUCCAACCGAGAGCCUCCAUCAUCAUGGGGAUCUCUGGGACCUGCCACCAUCGACUUCCUGUCCAACCGAGAGCCUCCAUCAUCAUGGAGACCUCUGGGACCUGCCACCAUCGACUUCCUGUCCAAUUGAGGGGCCCUGGAGGAUGCCACCAUUGACUUCUUGUCCAACCGAGAGCCUCCAUCAUCAUGGGGAUCUCUGGGACCUGCCACCAUCGACUUCCUGUCCAGCUUAGACCCCCCUGGAGAUGCCACCAUCAACUUCCCAUCCAACUGAAUGUCCCUGGCAUUGUGGUGACAUCCCCUGGGAGAUGCCACCAUCAACUUCAUCUCCAGCUGAGAGCCUCCAUCACCAUGGAGACCUGCCACCAUUGACUUCCUGUCCAACCAAGAGCCUCCAUCAUCAUGGGGAUCUCUGGGACGUGCCACCAUCGACUUCCUGUCCAACUUAGACCCCCUUGGAGGAUGCCACCAUCGACUUCCUGUCCAACUGACAUUGGGACCACCAUUGUGGGGACCACCAGGAGAUGCCACCAUUGACUUCAUCUUCAGCUGAGACCAUCCUGGGAUCUGCCACCAUCAAUUUCAUCUCCAGCUGAGACCUUGCCAACAUGGUGGGAACCGCUGGGAUCUGCCACCAUUGACUUCCUGUCCAGCUGAGGGACCCAGGAGAUGCCACCAUCAACUUCCAGUCCAACUGAGAGUCCCUGUCAUUGUGGGGACCACCAGAGAUGCCACCAUCGACUUCCUGUCCAGCUGAAGGACCCAGGAGAUGCCACCAUCGACUUCCUGUCCAGCUGAGACCUUCCAGGAGAUGCCACCACUGAAUUCCUGUCCAACUGAGACCUUCCUGGAGAUGCCACCACUGAAUUCCUGUCCAGCUGAGACCCCCCCACAGUCACUGUGGGGACUGUCGUAGGUUCUGCCACCAUCAACCUCAUCUCCAACCAAGACCCCCUGGAGAUGCCACCAUCAAUUUCCACCCCAGCUGCGACCUCCUGUCAUUGUGGGGACCAUCCACCAUCGAUUCCCUCCCAAACUGAGACCCUGGGGACCCCAGACCCUGCCCCCACCCUCUUCCAGCCCCCCUUUAACUGGAAUUUGCCUCAUGACCCCCCCCAUCCCCCAUCCAGGACUCUUUGGGAUUAUCCAUGGACAACUGGGGGUGUCCCCUGUCCCCUUGGGUGGGUUCAUGGAGGGGACCUGGGCUCCCAGCCCUAUUCCCAGUGGGAUUUUCUUCCUUCCCGAGGUAGGAUUUUGUACUUUAAUCCCCCCACAGGCAUGUAAGAUAUCUUUAUAUUUAUAUAUAUAUAUAUAUAUAUAUAUAUAGGCACAUAAAACCUCC